AUGUCCGCAACUAUCAAAGUCGGCGAUGCCAUCCCUGAAGCUACUUUCAAGUAUAUUCCCUGGACUGAGGCUUUGGAAAACAACCUUGCCUGUGGAUCCCCCGUCGAGCUCUCUACCAAUGACUGGAAGAACAAGAAAGUCGUGAUUGUUUCUGUCCCCGGUGCAUUCACCCCCACCUGCCAUACCAACCACCUCCCGCCUUUCCUCCAAAAGUAUGACGAAUUUAAGAAGAAAGGGGUCGACGUUAUCGCCGUCUUGGCCGCCAAUGACCCCUUCGUCAUGAGUGGAUGGGGUCGCUUCGAGGGACUUAAGGACAAGAUCCUGACCAUCUCCGAUACGAAUGCUGAGUGGUCGAAGAAAUUGGGUUUGGAGAAAGACCUUUCCGCCCACGGUCUCGGAAUUCGCACUGCUCGAUAUGCGAUCAUCCUGGAGAACAACGUGGUCAAGUACCUUGGCGUCGAGAGCGGUCCUGGAGUCACUGUCUCCGGAGCUGAUGCUAUUCUCCAGAAUCUCUAG